AUGUCGUACAUACAUCCCUUCCUUACCAGUUCAGUGUUCUCUCCUUGGGGUGGGGAGUCCUACUGUCUUCAGUCAAGGCUGGUUUCCUGGCUGCAAGGAUUGGCGGUGUUAUCUCAAAGUCAGUGCCUGCGUUUGUUUGCAAUCAAAAGAGAGAGCGUCUGCAUUCCCCAGCUAUACCUGUUCUGGUAUUCGACUGCUUGGCAUCAUGCCGCAGGUCCCGAGUUUUCUGCCAUUUCACUCUGGGGAGCUUGCAGACAUCGUUUGGACCAAGGCCUGCCCAGCAGCAUCCACUGCCAGGUGCAGUGGGAAAAGAGACCUGCAGCGCUGCCUGUCUCCUAG